AUGUCUUCUCCCAUCACGUUCUACGAUCUCCGCUUCAAGUCCGGCAUCGCAGGAAGCCCCAAUGCUUGGAAGACACGCUUCACUCUCAACUACAAGGGCAUUCCCUUUAAGACAACAUAUAUCAACUUCGUCGACCUCAAGCCCACCUUCCAAGAGAAGGGUAUCCCUCCGUCUCAAGGAGAUGCAUACACCGUACCUGCAAUCUACGACCCUACAACUGGUCAGACAGUAUCGGAUUCCGCCCGUAUUGCAGAGUACCUCGAUUCUCAGUACCCGGAUACACCCUCGGUCUAUCCUCCAAGCACACGCGAUGCACAAAUUGCAUUUGAGAAGAACGUCAGGACGCCCUUCGCAUUCACUAUCUUCCCUCUCAUCUUGAUGGAACUCUACGAUCUGGUAGAGGACAAGGAUCGGGAAUACUUCCGCCGCACACGCGAGGCGCUCUUCCGAGGUCCCCUCGAAUCUGUCGUUCCUCGGGGCGAGAAGCGCGUUGCGCAACUUGAAGUUGUGCGCACCGGUCUUGACAAGGUUGCAAAGGAGAUCGCGAACCAUGCAGGGGAAGGAGCGCUCUUCUUCGGCGGCGAGUCGCCUUGCUUUGCGGAUAUGAGCCUGGCAUCGACGUUCAAGAGCGUUCUGGCCAUUGGCAAGGGCGACCCGGAGUACGAUCUCUGCAAGGUGUUCUUGAGUCAUGAAUGGGCCGCGAGGGUCGCGCCGCAGGCGCCGGCCACCAGUUUAGAGUACCUACUAGCACAGGGCUCGAAACUGGUCUUUACUGCUAAUUAA